UCAACGUAGAUCACAACAAGGAAGUGGAUACUCAUGGUGUCUGAAUGUCUUGUACUAAUCUUCUUACUGGAGAAUAAGGGACAGUUGGUUUUGUAAAAGGACGCACUUAAAGAUUACGUUGAUCUUGUUUUGUACAACAAAGCCUCGGUCGGGUUUUCUGGAUAUUUAAUUGGCCAUCUACGAAGAUACAGUGGAAUCUAAAUCAGACCCAGCUCGGUGUUGACACUCAAAAUGAGGAUGAUCACCUUCCUCCUAGUUGGACUGAUAGUCCACGUGGUUUUCUUUCUUUCUAUCUUUGACAUCUACUUCACCUCUCCCCUGGUCCAUGGCAUGACACCCCAGGCUACACCGCUGGCAUCCCCCGCCUCCAGACUGGUGUUAGUGGUGGCCGAUGGUCUCCGAGCAGACAGUCUCUUCACACUCCUCCCCAACGGGUCAUCGAGGGCCCCAUACUUGAGGAGUGUGAUGGAGGAGAGGGGUACCUGGGGUGUGUCACACACACACGUGCCAACUGAGUCUCGUCCCGGUCAUGUUGCUCUCAUUGCUGGCUUUUAUGAGGAUGUGAGCGCUGUUGCUAAAGGGUGGAAGGAGAAUCCUGUAGAGUUUGACUCAGUGUUUAAUGAGACCAAACACACCUGGUGCUGGGGCAGCCCUGAUAUUCUGCCGAUGUUUGCUAAAGGUGCCAGUGGAGACCAUGUGUAUACUCACACAUACCCAGCAAAGGAGGAGGACUUUGCCUCCACAGACGCCUCCAGGCUGGACACCUGGGUGUUCACUCAAGUCAAAUCGUUCUUUCAGUCAGCAAAGUCUAACUCCAGUCUCAGGGCCAGUCUGCUCGAGCGUGGGAAUAUCUUUUUUCUACAUCUGCUGGGCAUCGACACAAACGGACAUGCUCACAGACCAAUGUCACGGGAGUACCUAGACAAUAUUGGUCUAGUAGACAGUGGUGUAGCUGAACUGGUGUCUAUGGUAGAAGACUUCUUUGGUCAUGACGGCAGAACAGCCUAUGUGUUUACCUCCGAUCAUGGCAUGACAAACUGGGGUUCACACGGUGCAGGCCAUCCCUCUGAGACCCUCACCCCUUUAGUGGUGUGGGGAGCCGGAGUUCAUAAUGCCCACAAAGUCAGUGAACCCCAGCCAUUCAACGAUGGCUACCUCCAAGAUUGGAAACUGGAGCACCUUCGUAGAGUUGAUGUCAAUCAGGCAGACAUCGCUCCCCUUAUGGCUUCUCUCAUCGGUGUGCCCUUUCCUGUUAACUCUGUUGGUGUGUUACCUCUUCUCUAUCUUAACAACAGUGACCAGUUUAAGGCAGAGAGCAUGUACACCAAUGCUAUUCAAGUACUAGAGCAGUACAAGAUGAAAAUGGCCCAGAAAAAGGAGACAACCUUGUCUUUUUUCUUCACCCCUUACCAACUACUGACUGAGUCAAAACAAGCAGAAUUCAUCCACAAGGCCAGAAUACUGAUUCAGCUGGAGAAGUAUGAAGAUGCUAUCUCUCUGUGCCGAUCUCUGAUAUCCAAAGCCCUGGAGGGCCUGGUCUACUACCACACCUAUGACAGGUUCUUCCUAGGCUGCAGUGUGGUGCUGGGAUUUGUAGGCUGGACCUCAUAUGUUGUCCUAGUCAUACUGAAGACUCAUGCCGGCCUCAACAGACACCCCAGUCUCCUCAAACAGAUUCCCAGCAACACCCUGGCCAGGGUGUGUAUAUGUGUGACAGUGGUGAUCACUGUAUUCUUGCUUAUCCAAAGGAGCCCCAUUACUUACUAUAUUUACUGCCUGCUGCCUGUCCCUGUUUGGUACUCUGUCCUUAAAGAGUCCGGAACUCUAACAGAUUUGGUUCGCUCAGCUCCCUCUCUGCCACUGUGGAAAUGUUUUGGCUAUUUUGUGCUGGUGGCGUUUGGGAUUGAAUUACUGGUGGUGAGUUUCUUCCAUCGCGCCAUGCUGACGGUGGGCCUGGCUGUCCUCUCUCUCUGGCCCUUCCUGACGGGACUUUUUGGCAAGGCCAAGUUCCGUUCAUUGAGCUGGUGUCUGGGGUGUCUGUGUCUGGCAGCUUUCCCCCUCAUGCCUGUUAUGGGCAGAGAGCCUAACAUACAUCUGGUUACCUGUGCAGGUCUACUCACUCUCUUCACUUCAGCCUGUUACCUCUGGUCAUCAGGACAGAGAACGCCUCUGCACCUCAGUGACAGACUGCAGUUUGUCACCCAGAUGCUCCAUGUGGCAGUGUGUGCAUACGUGCCAUCUCUCACACACUCCAGCCUGCAGCAGAAACAGGGCCUGCCCCUUCUUAAUCAGAUCAUCAGCUGGACCACAUUAGCAUCUUCUAUGCUGGUUCCACUCUUGAGCUCUACACGUCUUUUCCACCGACUCCUCAGCAUAUUCCUCUCUCUCACGGCCACAUAUCUACUGCUCAGCACUGGGUCAGAGGCAUUAUUCCCCCCUGUGUUAUCUUGGUUGAUGUUUGUGUGGAUCAACAUUGAACAGGAAGCUAUGCUCGCUCAGGGUGUCUCUAGCAGACAAGAGCUCUCCACUAUUGAUUUCUCUGCAAACAUCGACAUCACCAAGAUCCGACAACUGAAGUUGGAUGACAUCAGAAGAUCUUAUUUUUUCGUAUUUUUUAUAAUAACAGCUUUCUUCGGCACAGGGAACAUAGCUUCCAUCAACAGUUUUGACCCAGCAUCUGUUUAUUGUUUCCUCACUGUGUUCAACCCCUUCAUCAUGGGAGGGCUGAUGAUGUGGAAGGUUAUCAUUCCAUUCAUAAUAGUGAUGUGUACAUUUGAGACCAUCCAAGUUGCAACACAGCUCUCAUCAAGAAGUUUGUUCCUCAUUGUUCUGGUCAUCUCCGACUUGAUGGCUCUGCACUUUUUCUUCCUGGUGCAGGACUACGGCAGCUGGUUGGACAUUGGCACAAGCAUUAGUCAUUAUGUGAUUGUGAUGUCAAUGACCAUAUUCCUGAUGUUGCUCAGUGUGGUCACACACAUUCUCACCUCACAAAGACUCAUUCUGUGGAGGAGAUCCAAGAUGCACUUCCCCUAAAUACACAUGUGCUUGUGUGUGCAUGUGCAUUUAUUUGACUUUUUUUUUUUCUGAGAUACUUUUCAUAUGACAUUCACCUUAUUAAGCCAUGGUUUGUUUAUAUAUGACAUGGGAUAUUGUUUUAGGACUCAAUGUACUGUACAGUGCUGUGCAAAAGUCUCAGGCCACUUGGUUAAAUUGUUUUGGAAAUCCCCCUCUUAUUUGUCCUUAACUCAUCCUCUCAGAACUGCUUAAGAAAUGUAGUACGUAGAAAAAAAGAAAUUAGUUAGAAGCAUAGAAAAUGACUUCAGGUUCAUAUUCUCAGUAGAAAAUACAGAGUUAUUUUUAACAGCCAUUGUCUUUGUUGUGUUAAUAUAGAAUAAACACUUAUUUCUUAGAUGCUUUUAAUAAUUUCCUGAGUGGCUGAAGAUUUUUGCACUGUACUUUUUGUACUGUAUUAUUUUGUACAAUCAGUUGCUGUUCCAACAUAAUUGUUUGUACAUUAAUCAUUGAUAAAUUUACAAAGGACACUUGAAUUUAUGACUGUAAAUCAGAGGGCUGAUUUAUGAUCCACCAAAAAAAGGUAAAUUGAUAACUACUUUGAGUAUGUAACACUAUAUCCAGUGAAGCUGCCUAAAACAUAUCAUUGUUCAAAAGUUAGUUUUUUAAAUGUAUUGUUACUAAGUUUGUACCAAUAAAACUAAGGGGGUUAAUGGAAACAGGAAUGUCCAUAAAGGGACCUGUGUGUUGUACUUACUGCAACCAUUAACAGAAUUAAACUAGGAGCCAGUGCAGUUGUUGUGCUCUGUUUGUACAUCAAGGUUACUGUAGCCAUGGGCUGGGCUUAGAAAGUCUGGGAAAGUUAAAGUGACAUGCAGUCCUGGUGCACUCCUUUAGCCUCCAGUAGGGCUUGAGCACACGGUGGCCAACCCUUUGUGUGGUUGCAUUUGAAAACUCAUAAAUGUCUGUAAAUAAGAAUGUUGCUGCAAAAAUGUUAUGUUUUAAUAAAAAAUGAAAAAGG